AUGCCUAGUCCAAGACAGUCUGACACAGUAUCAAUAACGUCUUCAAUCUCUACCAGACUUACCGAGGAGACGCCUCUACUGUCACCAAAGACAGUCGACCAUGAAGAGACCACUUGGCGAAAGGAGUUCACCUGGUUAAUAGUAAACAGUCUACCUAUCAUUGGUACAUACCUUCUCCAAAAUUCAUUCCAAAUGGCCAGUAUCUUUACUCUGGGACAUCUCGGACCGACUGAGUUAGGUGCCGCAGCUCUUGGAAGUAUGUUUGCAAGUGUGAGUGCAUGGAGCAUCGCUUUUGGAACAACCACAGCUCUCGAUACACUGUGCUCCCAAGCAUGGACCGGUGCCCAUGACAAGACACUCUUGGGAAUACAUCUCCAGAGAGCAUUGAUGAUUCUGGCAAUCAUGUUUAUUCCUAUUGGAAUAAUCUGGUGGAAUGCAACAGGCAUUCUUCUGUCUUUAAAUCAAGAGCCUGACAUUGCUUUUCGCGCAGGCCAAUUCUUGAGAUACCUUCUCAUAGGCGCACCAGCAUACAUCACAUUCGAAGCAACAAAGAAAUACCUGCAGGCACAGGGAAUUAUGAGGGCAUCUACCUAUGUGCUUAUGGUAGCAUCCCCAAUCAAUCUUGGAUUGAAUUACAUGAUGGUCUAUCCUCUCGGCCUUGGUUUUAUUGGCGCACCGCUCGCAACUAGUCUGAGCUAUUGGAUUAUGUUGGGUCUGUUGCUGCUCUACAUCCGGUUUGUGGCUGGAUCAGAGGCAUGGGGAGGAUGGUCCCGAGAAAGCCUCGAGGGUUGGUGGUCCUUCCUCAAGUUGGCUAUCCCUGGAAUUCUGAUGGUCUGUACCGAGUGGUGGAGUUUUGAGCUCUGUGCUCUUGCUGCUUCUUACCUUAGUACGGUUGACCUUGCUGCGCAGUCAAUUUUAUUGACGACUAUAUCAGCCACAUACACAAUUCCGUUUGGUAUUGCCAUUGCUGCGUCUAACCGCGUUGGUAACUCACUUGGCGAGGCAAAGGCCAAGAAGGCUCGUUGUGCUACAAUAGUUGCCAUGAUUUAUGCUGUAAUUUUUGGGUCUCUAAACUCAGCAAUCUUGAUGGCAACUCGUUCAUGGUUUGGAUAUCUCUUUACAUCUGAAGACGAGGUUGUGAACCGUGUGGCCAGCAUCAUUCCAAUGUGCGCCCUAUUCCAGAUCGCCGAUGGACUGGCAGGCGUGUGUGGUGGUGCCAUCCGUGGUCUGGGACGACAGAAAAUUGCAGCAUGGAUCAAUAUAUUUGCAUACUAUAUCGUUGCCCUUCCUAUUGGACUCUUUUUGACAUUCAAGGCCGGCUGGAACUUAUCUGGUCUAUGGGCAGGCCUUUCAAUUGCGCUCUUUAUUGCUUCUAUUGGCGAAGGCAUCUUCUUGUUUAGCGUCAAUUGGCCAGCUGAAGUCAAGCGAACCCAAGAACGUGUAAAGCACGAAGAGGACGAUCAAAGCGAUGAUACCACUUUUGAAGCCUAA